UCAUUCCAGAUGACCCAUGUACUUCAGUCUUUGAGGGGUCACAACCUCUCAACCUCUCACACCGCAACAGUCUUGUCGCUGGAGAUGUUCUGCUUCUGCUCCGACGUGCUCUACUGUCACCUGAACCGCUACCAGCAGCCCUGGGCCCCCAGCUUCACCAAGAAGCCCUAAAGAAAAUCCUGACAUUUAUGAAAACUUUUCAUAAUUCUCUAGAAAAGAGACAGAUUUUUUUUAUGGAAGAGAAAGAGAAUUCUGUGACGUGGGCUGUGGUAUGGACCGACCCCAGAACUACGACCCAUGAAAUGUAUCACAAAGAUAUUUGUGCAGUACAGAAUUAUAUAUGGAGUAAAGAGGAGACUGAGCCAUUACAAGAGGAACUCAUCUUGGGGGACAUGAACAAGAAGGUCCAGGAGCUCUAUCAGCAUCUGAAGGAGUUGGAGGCUACACAGGAAUAUCAGAUAAUGAAACAAAAGGAGGCAUGGGAGGCCAUGAUAGCCACAGAAAACAGAAUUCUAAUGGAAGGAAUCAAAGAGUUGGCAGAAAAGGUCCGGAAGCCAAAUGUGCAAGUAAUCCAGGAAUUUACUCAGGUUUCAGAUGUGUUGUUUCCAAGGCUUUACAAAUAUGAGUUUUUCCAUUUCUUCAGUCCAAAGUUUCAUCAUUUGUAUUACUUUGUGGUAAAUGAAUUUUUAUACUACUUCCAAACAUUGGGACUGUCACAGGGCUACAAUCGCUACAACUUAUCUGAAGAUAAAAAGACCUUUAUUAUAACAAUACCUGACUCCUCAGGAAAGACAUAUGCCAUUUAUGUAACUGGGAGUGUUGAACUUGAAACCAUGAUGCUAAACAUAAUUGUGAAUCCUGUUAUACAACUGAAGAGAAAUGAUGUUGUUGGGAAAACUUUACAACAUUGUUUGAACACAUUCCUGCAUGGCUGAGAAGCGAGACCUUUUGCUGAGAGACCAGAUUUGUUUAAUGUUUGAAUCAGGACCUAGGUUAUGCUGACCAGAAAUCAAUUUAUAUCUGAAGGUUGACACAAGUUAAUGUUACUGGAAGUCAUCCAUUGUUAUUAUCAGCUAGGUGACAGCAAUGAAUAGAGUACUGGGCUUGGGGUCAGGAAGACCUGGGUUCCAAUACAGCCUCAGACAUUUACUAGCUUUGGA